AUGCCUUCCUCCAGGCCACCACCACCCCCUCCCCCUCCACAACCAUCCAGGCUCACCAGCAACACCAACAACAACACCAAUACCAACAACCGCGCACCCCCUCCCACCGUCUCACCGGCCCCAAACACCCCCCACUACAUCCUCUCCCUCCUAAUCUACAACGGCCACCCCUUCAAAGACCACUGGGCUUUCUUCCUGCAGCCUCAUCCCACCACCGCCUCGUCCCGCGGCACCAAGAUCCACGCCACAGGCGACGUGCUGCACGGAUCUUAUAGCUUGGUAUCCCUGGUGGUGCUGGAGGGAAUUGGGAUGGUCUCCGCCAUCCGCGUCGCCCCGUCGGCCUCCACCCGCGCCCUCAACCUCCUGCGCACCGUCCAAUACACUCACCCGCCCUCCUGUCCUUGCCAUUCCAAUCCUAAUCACCACCACCACCACCAUCGCACACCCAGUCUAGCCGAUCAUGUCCGUCGGCACAUGGCUACUCCAACCGACCCCUCUCGCCAGAAGGAAUAUGCCUUUGAGAUGGCGGCAUCUAGCAUCCGCUUCGGCCCGGGAGCCACGAAGGAGGUCGGCAUGGACUUCGCCAACAUGAAAGCAAAGCGGGUGUGCAUAGUCACAGACAGCAAUGUCGCUAAGCUGGAUGCCAUGAAACAAGCCGUCGAGGGUCUGUCCCGGGAAGGGAUCGAAUUUACUGUCUUCGACAAAGUGCGCGUGGAACCCAAGGAUAGCUCAGUCAAGGAAGCGAUCGCAUUCGCCAAACCUUACAACCCCGAUGCGUUUCUCGCCGUUGGCGGCGGUUCCGUCAUCGACACCGCCAAACUGAUGAACCUCUACACCGUCUUCCCCGAGGCCGACUUUCUCGACUUCGUCAACGCUCCACUCGGCAAGGGGUUGCCUGUCACCAAGGCCCUCCGGCCUUUGAUUGCCGUACCGACGACCGCCGGUACAGGCUCCGAAACGACCGGCACAGCCAUUUUCGACCUGGUCUCGAAGAAAGCCAAGACGGGCAUCGCGCACCGCAACCUCAAACCGACUCUGGGGAUCUGCGAUCCGCUCAACACGCGAACCAUGCCGUCGGCUGUCCACGCAUCAUCCGGUCUGGAUGUGCUGUGCCAUUCCCUCGAGUCAUGGACGGCCAUCCCGUACAACGAGCGCACCCCUCGCCCCACGAACCCGAUCAACCGCCCGGCCUACCAGGGCGCCAACCCGAUUUCGGAUAUCUUCUCGCUGCAAGCCCUCCGCAGCACGGUAAAGUACCUGCCUCGCGCCGUGAAGGACCCGGAAGAUUUCGAGGCGCAGUCCCAAAUGCUCUUGGCGGCCACGCUGGCGGGCGUAGGAUUCGGCAACGCGGGCGUGCACCUGUGCCACGGGAUGAGCUACCCCAUUUCCAGUCAGAACCCGGGCUACAAGCACGCGGGGUACGAUGUCGACUACGCGAUUAUCCCGCACGGCGUGUCCGUGGCGGUGACCGCGCCGGCGGUGUUCCGGUUCACGGCGGCUUCGAACCCGGACCGGCAUCUGGCGGCUGCAGAGGUGUUCGGAGUGGACAUCUCGAACGUGAAGCGGGAGAGUGCAGGCGAGGUGCUCGGGGAGGCUCUGACGGACUUUCUAGUCAAGCUGGGCGACCAGCCGCGGGGGUUGAAGGAUCUGGGGUUCAAGCGCGGGGAUAUCGAGUCGUUGGUGGAGGGGACGUUGCCGCAGAAGCGCGUGUUGGACCUGGCGCCUAAUUUGAACAGUGAACUGGAGGCGGAGAAGGCCGAGUUGCGGGGACUGUUGGAGGCGUCGAUGGAGUAUUAG